AUGGAACCUUCCGAGGACGAGCGAUGCAGCAUUCCAGCUACCUUAGUCGCGCGGCUCAUGAAACAGUGGCUCACCAAUAAAGACAUGAAGCUGAGCAAGGCCGGUGCUACAGCUGCAGCGCAACUCAUCACGAUAUUUACAGAAGAAGCAUUCAAUCGUGCAGUGGCCAAGGCCCGUGAAGAGCAAGGCGCAGACGCAGCAUUAUAUCUGGAAGUCGCUGAUCUUGAAAAAAUCAUUGGCCAGAUGUGCAUCGACUUUUGA